ACUGCACAAGGCAGUGCGGCGCUGUGGAGUGUGAGGUUGUGCAGCGAAGAGAGCUUUUAUUAUUGUUUGUGUUUGCUUGUGGAAAGUGUCGUUUGGUGGGGGGUUGCUGAAUUAGUAGGAGAAAGAUGGAGGGCGAGUUAAAAUAAAAGCAUCUCGGUUUAAGCUUUAUUUUGUUUAUAUACUACAGUGCAGUCCAAACUCGUGAUCGAGUGCUGCCAUCAUAGACGAUACAAUAAUCCACUAUUUUGGCUGCAGGCUCAUGCCAGUGAGUACACGGAACAGAAUCGGCAACAAAGGCUGAGCCAUUGAAUCCAGAUAUUAUUAUUUAUUUUUUGUUAUUUUAUUUUUUUUGUAUGUCUGUUCAGUCGGGUUUGUAUGAUAGAAUAUGUUGCUCGUUAGAAUUUUAGUUUCACAGGACAUGUGAAAUUUGCAGUGAAUGACUGAAUCAAGUGUAUAAAAAUAACUCGCCUUAAAGAAAAAUACAUUUCGUGCUGAGAUUUAACGUAUUUGGAGCUGUUUAAGAUAUUGUUUUUAGAAAUGUGUUUCAUUUUUUAAAUAAUUUGGUCGCUAUUGGGUAUUUAUCUUGCGCUCGGUGCUGUCAAAUGUGCUUUGUCAUUUUAACAAUAACAAUACCAAGGUGAUGUUUGAUUCGUCUUUGACUGUGUAUCACGUCUAUAUUCACCUUCAUCACCAUCACCUGUCUUUUGUACCGCCGUCGUUACGGGCAUAAUCUGGACUCAGUUUUUGACGGAUCGGAUGUUUUCGUUUUUGGAUUUAAUGUGUUCGUAAUAUAAAAUACCUGUGUGAAGAUGUGGGUUAAUCCAGACGAAGUGCUGUUGGCCAAUGCUCUCUGGAUCACCGAGAGAGCCAAUCCCUACUUCAUACUGCAGAGGAGAAAGGGACACGGAGAAGGGGGAGGAGGAGGGCUCGCUGGGUUGCUGGUGGGAACCCUUGAUGUCGUCUUGGACUCCAGUGCCAGAGUUGCUCCCUACAGAAUCCUUUACCAAACCCCUGACUCCCUUAUAUACUGGACAAUUGCCUGCGGCGGCUCUCGGAAGGAGAUUACAGAACACUGGGAAUGGCUGGAACAGAACCUACUGCAGACUCUGUCUAUCUUUGAGAAUGAGAAUGACAUCACCACAUUUGUUAAAGGAAAAGUUCAGGGUAUCAUAGCGGAGUACAAUAAGAACCAUGACAUCAAGGAGGAUGAUGACACUGACAAGUUCAAGGAAGCCAUUGCUAAGUUCUGCAAGCUGUUUGGGAUGCCAGAGGAGGAGAAGCUGGUCAACUACUACUCAUGCAGCUACUGGAAGGGCAAGGUGCCGCGGCAGGGCUGGGUCUACCUCAGCAUCAACCACCUGAGCUUCUACUCCUUCCUGCUGGGGAAAGAAGCAAAAUUAGUGAUCCGAUGGGCAGACGUCACGCAACUGGAGAAAAAUGCCACCCUGCUCCUCCCUGAAAUCAUUAAAGUCAGCACCAGGUCCAGUGACCACAUAUUCUCUGUCUUCCUCAACAUUAACGAGACGUUCAAAUUGAUGGAGCAGCUGGCCAACAUCGCUAUGAGGCAGUUGCUUGACAACGAAGGCUUUGAACAGGACAGGUCUCUGCCUAAACUGAAGAAAUCCCCCAAGAAGGUGUCUAUACUCAAAAGGGACCUUGAUGCAAGAGCCAAGAGUGAGCGGUACAGGGCCUUGUUCCGACUGCCCAAAGACGAGAAGCUCGACGGACACACAGGCUGCACCCUUUGGACCCCCUUCAACAAAAUGCACAUUCUGGGCCAGAUGUUUGUCUCGACUAAUUACAUCUGCUUCACUAGCAAAGAGGAGACCCUGUGCAGCCUCAUCAUUCCACUCAGAGAGGUGACAAUAGUGGAGAAGGCUGACAGUUCAAAUGUGUUACCCAGUCCUUUGUCCAUCAGCACCAAAAACAGAAUGACAUUCCUCUUCGCCAACCUCAAAGACCGGGAUUUCCUUGUCCAGAGGAUUUCCGAUUUCCUGCAACAAACCACCUCGAAGAUCUGUUUUGAGAGAGACCUCACCGGGAGCUACAACAGUUCAGAUGAUGAGGUGUAUUCAAGGCAGAGUAGCCUCCUUUCCUCCAGCCCUCAGCGGAGUCUGGGCUUAGAGACUGAUGGGGAGCGCCAGUUCAACCUGAACGACAACAGCGUCCCAACAGCCACGCAGGCACUGAUGACAAUGUACCGCAGAAAAUCACCUGAAGAAUUUAACCCCAAAUUGGCAAAAGAGUUUUUGAAAGAACAGGCCUGGAAAAAUCAUUUUGCAGAGUAUGGCCAGGGAGUGUGCAUGUACCGGACAGAGAAGACCAAAGAGCUUGUACUGAAAGGCAUUCCGGAGAACAUGAGGGGAGAUCUUUGGCUUCUCUUCUCAGGUGCUAUCAAUGAGAUGGCCACCCAUCCGGGUUAUUACGAGGAUCUGGUAGAGAAGUCCAUGGGCAAGUAUAACCUGGCCACCGAAGAGAUAGAGAGAGACCUGCACCGCUCGCUUCCGGAGCACCCUGCCUUCCAGAAUGAAAUGGGGAUCGCUGCCUUGAGACGGGUGCUAACGGCGUACGCUUUCAGGAACCCCAACAUUGGAUAUUGUCAGGCCAUGAAUAUUGUGACCUCUGUGCUGCUGCUGUAUGCAAAAGAGGAGGAGGCCUUCUGGCUGCUUGUGGCUCUUUGUGAAAGGAUGCUGCCAGACUACUACAACACAAGGGUUGUUGGCGCGCUGGUGGAUCAGGGUGUGUUUGAGGAGCUGGCCCGGGAGUAUGUGCCCCAGCUGUAUGACUGCAUGCAGGACCUGGGUGUGAUCUCCACCAUUUCCCUGUCCUGGUUCCUCACAAUGUUCCUCAGCGUCAUGCCCUUCGAGAGUGCCGUGGUGGUAGUGGAUUGCUUCUUCUGCGAGGGGAUCAAAGUCAUCUUCCAGCUGGCCCUCGCCGUGCUCGACUCCAACAUAGACAAGUUGCUCAAUUGCAAGGACGACGGGGAGGCCAUGACUGUUUUGGGAAGGUAUUUGGACAGUGUGACUAACAAGGACAGCACAUUGCCGCCAAUCCCCCACCUGCACUCCCUUCUUACUGACGACGGGGAGCCACACCCUGAGGUUGACAUCUUCAAGCUCGUCAGGAGUUCAUACGAGAAAUUUGGGACCAUCAGGGCAGAUGUUAUUGAACAGAUGCGAUUUAAACAGAGGCUGAGGGUGAUCCAGACAAUCGAAGACACCACAAAACGCAAUGUGGUACGAACUAUUGUGACUGAAACAGCAUUCAGUAUCGAUGAGCUUGAAGAAUUGUAUGUCCUCUUCAAGGCUGAACAUUUGACAAGCUGCUACUGGGGGGGGAACAGCAACCCCACAGACAGACACGACCCCAGUCUGCCCUACCUGGAGCAGUACCGCAUUGACUUGGAGCAGUUUAAGGGUCUCUUCGGACUUCUCUUCCCAUGGGCCUGUGGGGUGCACUCCGACUCGCUGGCAGUGCGCUUCUUCAGACUGCUGGACCAGAACGGCGACUCCUUCAUCAACUUCAGAGAGUUUGUCACUGGUUUAAGUGUGUUGUGUCACGGAGAUCUGACUGAAAAACUAAAGCUAUUGUAUAAAAUGCACGUACUGACUGAGCCAGCCCCUGAACAUGAGGAACCUGAUUCCGCUUUUGAAGCUACUCAGUAUUUCUUUGAAGAUAUCACACCAGAGACUUCACACGGACUUGAUUCCAGAUCUAAGAAUGAUAAAGAUGAUGGUUUUGUAACCGUCAACUUCAGAACAGAGAAAGUUAAAAAGACACACACCCCGGACUACCGGACUUACUUAAAAUUAUGGAAUCAAGAGACUAAGUCCAAAAUAGAAAAUAUGAAGGAGCUCCCUAAACUAAACCAGGAGCAGUUUAUUGAACUGUGCAAGACCCUCUACAACAUGUUCAGUGAGGACCCGAAUGAGCAGGAGCUGUAUCAUGCCACUGCCACCGUCACCAGCCUGCUGCUGGAGAUUGGAGAGGUGGGCAAACUGUUCUGCAUCCCUGCAGACAAAGCAGACCCCCCUUUUUGCCCAACUAGAGAGAACACUUACAAACAACAGACCGAGCAGAGCGACGCCUUUAUCCCUGGGGAGCAGAGCGACGCCUUUAUCCCUGGCAAGCAGAGCGACGCCUUUAUCCCUGGCGAGCAGAGAGACGUCUUUAUCCCUGGCGAGCAGAGAGACGUCUUUAUCCCUGGCCCAGUUGUAGAGGAAAGAUUGGAAUCAAAGCUCUGCAGCAGCAGUGAGCAGCCAUUGUGCUCCCAGAUGGAGGAGAUUAAACUCGAAGACUUGUCCCCGAAGGACAACGGCAUGUCUUCAGCCAUGCUCAUUUCGGACGACGAGACCAAGGACGAUACCUCCAUGUCCUCUUACUCGGUGCUGAGUGCCGGCUCUCAUGACCUGGAUGAGAAGCUGCAGUGCGAGGACAUUGCUGACGACACUGUGCUGGUGCGCAGCGAACACGGCUGCUCCCUGCCCCACAGCACUAGUAUCGACAAGGACUGGGCCAUCACCUUCGAGCAAUUCCUAGCUUCCCUGUUGACGGAGCAAGCCUUAGUCUUUUACUUUGAGAAGCCUGUGGCCAUCAUGACUCGGAUCACCAAUGCCAAGAACAUUCGGAAAGUUGGGAAGCAGGUCUCGUCUGCUAGUGACUAUGAGAUCUCUACCCUCUCUGGUUAAAAAAUGCUUGGUAAUAUAUGCUUGGUAAAAGGAAACGACUGUUCUUUUCUAAAUAGAUAUGAAUAUGACACAAAUGCAGAUACAGGCACAGGUAUUUUCGUGUAAGUGGGCCAUGUUUUGUUUCACCUGCUGUAAGACAACUGAAAUCUUGGAUGUCGGUUAUUGUAUUGAAACUGAGAAAUGGUUUUAUUUAUAGGCUAUAUAGACGUUUGACGCUAUUUUAUUAAGUACAAAAAAGGCAGUUGUAUUAUCUGACUGUUAACAAAUAUUUGUCCAAUUUUAAGAGAUGCUAUACCCAGAUAGAAAUAAGGUAAUAAAGGGUUAAUGUUUAUCUUUGGCGAGGAGAUGCCAUCAGUUAAAAAUCUUUAUUAUCUAUACUAUACGAAAUCAGCUUGCUGUACUUUAUGGAGUAAUGUACAUUACUAAUAACCUCUUAGAUCAUGCAAGGCAAUGUAUUCUUAUGUAGUGAUCUACACCUGUUCUCCUAGAAGCAGAUUAAACCUAACAUUGUAUGUUUAGGACUGUAUCCAAUCUGAAAUGUACUUCUGUGUUUUGACUACGUACUGUAUCGGAUAUGUCACUUUAUAUAGCUCUACUGUAUUAGCAGUCUAUUUAAAUUAUGCUACGGAAUUGACUUCUGGAGCACGUGCACUUUGAGUCACUGAUUGCUUUGUUUUCAGAAAGUGUUUCUUUGGGUUUUACUAAGUCCACACUGGGACUGUUAUGCUUGUUAUUACAGAAUCAUACCUGACACUGGAAUACUGUACACACAAAUAACUGGCCUUUUUAUCAUUGUUAUUAUUUUGGUUGUUUUUAUAUGGUUGCUGUAGGACUAAAGCUGCUGUUUUGUUGUUGUUGUUUUUGUUUUAUUUUUUAAAUGUUGUGUUCGUGGUGAAGCCACACAAAUAAGAAUGUUAAAUAAACAACUCCCAAAUCCA